AUGACGGACAAGACUGGUGUAGUUAGCCUCGUUAGUAUAUUACAAGUGGAACAGAAGAAGAAGAAGAAGAAGAAGAAGAAGAAGAAGAAGAAGAAGAAGAAGAAGAAGAAGAAGAAGAAGGAGAAGGAGAAGAAGAAGAAGAAGAAGAAGAAGAAGAAGAAGAAGAAGAAGAAGAAGAAGAAGAAGAAGAAGAAGAAGAAGAAGAAGGAGAAGGAGAAGAAGAAGAAGAAGAAGAAGAAGAAGAAGAAGAAGGAGAAGGAGAAGGAGAAGAAGAUGAGCAGCAGACAGGUGACGGAGUACUUGUCUCACUAUCACCUCUCUCAUCUGCUGGAGAGUCUGCUGACGGGUCUGCUGUACAACCGACCCGAGGACCCCGUCAGCUUCCUGCAAUGCUGCCUUACCAAGACCACUCAGCUGGGGGGUGUCAGGGCCGUCACCUGGGAUACCUUCAUCCACCUUGAGUGCCACCAGCUGGGCCCCGGACCCCCAGAAACCACAUCAACACCCACAAAAACAGCACUUAUAUCCCGUCGAACCACCAGAACCCCACCUGCACGUCCAAUAAACCCACCCAUACCCCAAACAACACCUGUGCCCCAGGAGUUCCACCAACAAAAGGUCCCCACCCCCCCUCCAUGA